UUCCUGGAUGUCCCUAGACACCAGGAGGAAACUAGAGUUGGCUCAGAGGAGGGGAUGUGAUGGGCUCUUCAAGACACAAGUCAGGCUUUGUGAAGAGCGAUCUAGGAGCCCUUGAGGCGUGUUAUUCUAAUGGGCCAGGAGGAAAUGGGAGGAGUCUUCACAGACUUUAAAAAGGUCAGCGGGGAACCAGAAGAACCAGUUAGUCACUUGAUUUGAUGGGUCCAUGAAGGAUGAUUUUCGAGAGAGACCCUUAGGGGCCUUAGGCUGUGUGUGGGGCUCCACACAGGACCGAGUAUGAAGAUCCCCGGAUGAGAAGGGUGCUUAGAAAAAGUUUCGUGCAUCCUCAGCAAGGACAUGGAGCCUGAAGAUGUUACGUCCCCCGCCUGAGGCCACCGAGCUGCAGACUUAAGAAUUGAAACGCAGAUGUCUGGCUCCCUAACCCUCACCUAGUAGUCCUACCUAUAUGUCAUGCAGUACUUCGUGCUCUCACCAUGAAGAGGAACACAGAGGUGAAGACUAAAACCUCAGUUAGUAAAGCCUCACCUUCGGCGACUGCUGACCAGACAUCAAGCCAGCUCUUUGAGAAGAAACGAAGAGUUCCAACCAUUUUGCUGCCAACCUGGUACAAGGAACCAGUGAUCUUCAAAGAUGUAGCUGUGCACUUCAGCCAGAAAGAAUGGCAGUUACUGGACCCUGCUCAGAAGGACCUGUACAGGGAUGUGAUGCUGGAGAACUACGGGAACCUGAUCUUCGUGGAGUGUUAUAUCUUCAAGCCAAGGUUGAUCACCAGGUUGGAGCAAGGCAUUGACAUUUUUGCCAAAGGCAACCAUGUUCAUAGAGACCGCCGGCGUGGUGAGGCAAGAGUCAGCAGGAGUGACUCCUCUGCAGGGAAGAAGACCCGGAGUAGUUCAAAGACAGAAAUCCCGAAGUCACACAGUUCUAAGAAAACGCCACGGGAGAAGCUGAAGAAGAAAAAGAAAAAGAAGAAGAAGAAGAAGAGAGCGGAUAAAGGCGAUGGCCCCAAGAGCUCGAGGGCAGACAAGUCCUCCAAGAGAGAUGACAGGCCGUCUCAGAAGAAGGGGAAGUGCGGCUCCGCUUCGGCUCCGGCAGCAGGUAAGACGAUCCCCGCUAGCAGUAAGAAGCAUGCCUCCGUGACCCCGGGACCAUCUUCGAGCCAGACAUCGGCCGCGACAGCACCACGGAGCCCCGCUCCGGAGAAGUCGACUUCGGGGAAAGACGCGCACGGGAAGACGCAGCACGCCAGCAGCAGCAGCAGCGGCAGCAGCGGCAGCAGCAGCAGCAGCGCCCCGGACCCCAAGCGGAAGCCAGCGCGGCAAGGUAAGAACCACUUCAAAUGCAAGGAAUGCGGGAAGACAUUCAACCAGACCCUCCACCUGGUGGAGCACGAGCGAAUCCACACCGGGGAGAAGCCCCACAAGUGCGACACCUGCGGGAAGUCGUUCCGCCACCUCUCGUACUUCCUCACGCACUACCGGAUCCACACCGGGGUGAGACCCUACAAGUGCAAGGAGUGCGGCAAAGCCUUCAACAGCAGCUCCACCCUCAACAACCACUGCCGGAUCCACUCGGGCGAGAAGCCCUUCAAGUGCCCCGAGUGCGGGAAGACCUUCAAGCAGAGCACCAAGCUCACCCGCCACCAGCGGAUCCACACCGGCGAGAGACCCUACAAGUGCGGGCGGUGCGGCAAGUCCUUCGGCCGCAGCUCGUCCCUGAGGGAGCACGAGAGGAUCCACACCGGGGAGAAGCCCUACCGCUGCCAGGUGUGCGGGAAGACCUUCAGGGUCAACUCCCACCUCUCGGAGCACCAGCGCCUCCACCUGAAGGUCAAGCCCUACAAGUGUGACAAGUGUGGCAGGCACUUCCGGAACAGCACUUACUUGGCGGAGCACAAGCAGAGUCAUUUGCCCGGCGCCCGAGUGGACUGCCCGGAAUGUGGCAAAGUCUUCGAUUGCAAAGUAUCCCUUCUUAAGCACCGGAAACGACACGAGGCCAACUCCAGGUAUCGCUGCAAGGGAUGCGGGAAGACUUUCAGGUGUAAGUCGAGCAUUCAGAGGCACGAGAGGCUGCAUGCUGGGGAGAAACCUUUCGUGUGCACCAAGUGCGACAAAGGGUUCACUGACAAAACUACGCUGAAUAAUCACUUGAAAAUCCACUCUGGAGACAGGCCAGAUCCAUGUGCCCAGUGUGGGAGAACCUUCAAAAAGCUAGCUACCCUGCUGCUUCACCAGAAAAAGCAUGUUAAAAAGAAACCCACCGACAAUGUAUAAAAGACUUUUAGCCAGAACUCACAUCUGUGAGUCUUUGGAACAAACUCGAAAUGAGGGAAAACUAUAUAUAAAUGAACAGCUCCUUCAUUUCUUAGUUGUUUUCCUGUAAGCCAGUAAUUGUUCACAAAAGACUGAUUUUAACUCUUCCCUACUUUGAGCAUUUGUGCAAUAUAAAGAGACUUGUAGUUGUUGUUAUUAUUAUAAUACCAGUUGGCACCUAUGGUUAUAGGCAAAGGAUGAUAUCACAUAUCCUACAAUGUACCAGACAGACUCCCUUGCCUUCCAAUAGCUAAGAAUGGUUUGGCCUCUCUCAAGCAAAAGCCAUAUGGGCAUUUGAAUUUGAGAAGGGACUCAGGUAGAGUUUUCUCUGCCAGCCACUACAGUAACCACUAACUAGGUAUGGCUGUUCAAAUGUCAAAGAAUCAACAUGGAAUAAACAUUUAAAUGCAAUCUCUUGGUUGCAUCCUCAACACCUCAAGUCCUCAGUGGGCAGUUAGCUUCUCUGUCCACUGAGAUCACUGACGACUAACAUUAUCAACACCAUGGAAGAUUCUAUCAAACUCGUUUAGAUCUCAGUGAUCAAUAAUUAUCUCACGGGAUGAUCCCGACAGACUAGGACACAGCUUUGUGAUGUGGAAUUCGUGUUUUACAGCGGAAUGUAGCAUUUUACACGUCUUGUGAAUGUGUUGGAGCCUGUGAUGUUUGGAGCGCUUUCAGAUCUCUAAUUGGCCAGCGCCCCACCCACAGGACUCCUCCCUCUGUGUGUUCAGUGGUUACUAGCAAUGUCCCUGAUAACUGUGAGCAUCUGUUGAUCACAUUCUACCUGCUGAGUAUGGUGCUGAACUCUAUGGGGAGACCUAAUUCUCAUCAGAGCCCUCUGAGAUAAAAACUGUUACAUACCUAAUUUUCUAUUGAGAAAACCAAGACUUCCUUAAAAGUAUCUUUUUUCUCCUCCUCCUCCUCCUUCUCCUCUCCUUAUUCCUCAUUCUCCCUCCAGAGGACUCCUACCUCCAUUGUGCCUCAGACACAAUGACCAGUAGGUUGCUAGCAGUAUUAUUGAUGUAUUUGAGUGUUCAUCGAUGUCUUUCUACUUAUCAGAUAUGGUGCUGAAACCUUUACGUGAACAGUAUCAGUUAAUCAAUCCUACCAGCCAUAUGACAUAAGAAGUAUUAUGUACCUUACUUUCUUUUUUAUUCCCUUUUGUUCUUUGAGGCAGAGUCUCACUGUGUAGCCUAGACUAGCCUCAAAUUUGUGACAGUCAUCCUGCCUCCGUCUUUCCGGGACUGGGAUGACGUGUGAGCCACCAUACCUGGCUGUGCUGCUUUGUAAGAUGUGUUCUUUCCAAUUUUGCACUUCAAGCAAGACUGCAUUGCUGAUUUUAUAUUGCACUCUUUCUAAUAGAGAAAAUUUAUUAUAUAUUAUAUAUUUACAUAAAAUGUCUUUAAAAUGUGUGUGCGCGUGAGUGCAUGCGUGAGUGUGUGCGUGCGUGCAUGCGUGCGUGCAUGUGUGUGUGUGUGUGUGUGUGUGUGCAUGUGUGCUUACAUUUCUGUGUAUACAGCUCCUGACAGCAGAAAGCAGGAACCGGGACAGAGGUCAGUAAAUCAUGGAGUGUACAGAUGUAGGUGGAUCUAGCCACAGCCACUUGGAAGGUUUUGGUACAUGCCACACAGACUCAUUUAUGAAUUUUCUGUCCAAUGGUUGUUUGGAGGCAUACAGAAGAUGACACCGAGUUAUUGGAACAGAGAUCCAGCAUCUCAGGAAGCUGAAAAUAGUUUCCCUGUGACAUUUGUCGGAAAGCAUUGGCUGGCAACCUCUGAAUGGCGGAUGAGCUGGAAUGCGUUGAGACUCCUACCUCCAAUGUGCCUAGGGCAGAAUGCUUAACGACAUCACUGAUAACUGUGAGCAUCUGUUCGUCAUAUUCACUUAUCAAGUGUGGUGCUGAGCUCUGUGUGUGAAUUAGCAGACCUAAUUCUCAUCAGAGUCCUCUGAGAUAAGAACUGUCAUGUACCUAAUUUUCUUUUUGAGAAAACCAAGGCUUUUCUUUAAGAUUCUCUAUCUCCCUCUCUUCUCCUUUCCUUUAAAAAUUUGUUUUUAAAUUACAGGACUCCUACCUCCAUUGUGCCUCAGGCACAAUGAUCAGCAGGUUAGUAGCAGUAUUACUGAUGCAUUUGAGUGUUUAUCGAUUUUUUUUCUACUUAUCAGAUAUGGUGCUGAAACCUUUACAUGAACAGUAUCAGUUAAUCAAUCCUACCAGCCAUAUGACAUAAGAAGUAUUAUGUACCUUACUUUCUUUUUUAUUCCCUUUUGUUCUUUUGAGGCAGAGUCUCACUGUGUAGCCUAGACUAGCCUCAAAUUUGUGACAGUCAUCCUGCCUCCGUCUUUCCGGGACUGGGAUGACGUGUGAGCCACCAUACCUGGCUGUGCUGCUUUGUAAGAUGUGUUCUUUCCAAUUUUGCACUUCAAGCAAGACUGCAUUGCUGAUUUUAUAUUGCACUCUUUCUAAUAGAGAAGAUUUAUUAUAUAGUUGCAUAAAAUUUGUAUUAUAUGUAUAUGUAUGUAUGUGUGUGUGUGUGUGUGUGUGUGUGUGUGCGAGUGUAUGCAUACAUGCUAGCACACAUUUGCAUUCCUGUGUAUGUAGCUCCUGAGAACAGAAGGCGGGAGCUGAGACAGAGGUUAGUAAAUCGUGGAGUGUACAAACCUAGGUGGAUCUAGCCCCAGCCUGCUGGAAAAGGAGUUUUUGGUACACACCCACAUAGACUCAUUUAUGAAUUGUCUAUCCCAAUGGUGGCUUUGGGGCUUGCAAAGACAGCGUCAAGUUAUUAGCAGAGAGACCCAGCAUCUCGUUGAAGCUGAAAAGACUCUACGGCCAAUGACGACUUGGCUAGCCACCUCUAACGGCUGAUGAACUGGAGGAAGUGAAUUGGGAGGAAGCGGUUCAGGAAAAGCAAAGGCCGCUCUGUGGCAGCCUUGCUGGAACUCUGGUGCCACAUCUCUCAGUGCUGAAGACGCACAGUACUACAAUCCGCUACAGGCCACCUGUGUGUGCUCACAUGCAUAGCCGUGUGUCUCUGCGUAUCAGAAGACACGUUUUGGAGUUGUGGAGAUGAUUUAGUGGUUAAUGCCCUGGCCACGAAAAAUGUGAAGACCCAAGUUCGGGUUCCCAGAAUCCAUGUCAAUGGCAGGCAGGGGUGGCGGCCCUCCUGUAGUGUCCGGAGCGACCUAGCUAGAGAGACUAGCCACAUUGGAGAGCUCUGGGUUUGAUUGAGAUUCUGUUUCAAUGAACAAGGUGGAAGAGUGACGGACCUCCAUAGGCAUUCUCUCCCACACAUGUAGACAUGUAUGCACACGUGCACACAUGUGCAUGAAAAUGGAAAAAAAAAUUAAAUAAAAAAACAAGUUCCACAAAUAAGACUUACCAGCAUGAAAUCUAGGUCCUAACCUGCUCUCACUUAAAAGUGCUGGUGACAACACCCUCAACUGAUCUUGUCCGGACCGAAGACCCUUGUCACCCACAGUUGGCAAAGCUUUGGCCGGUAACAGGGCAGCAAGUGAUGUGACCAGAAUCUUCUACUGCCUCCUUUACCAGACCCUCAGAAAUACCUUGAAGGACUUAUCCGAAGAUGGAUAUAUGGCGGCUCGCUCCACGAUACCAACCGAGCCUGUGACCUUCCACCUGCUCCAGAAUGUCACCAAUGGAGUUGGGAGCAAGGGCAGAGGGAUGAUCCCAGGCUCUGUGGAUUGUCUUUGUAUCUAAUUCGGAACCCUUUCGGUGGGAGGGGGCAUAGAUGUCUUACAGUGAGCAGAGGGAAGCCAUGGAUGAAGAAGUCUGAGGACUCUAGUUGGAGCUGUCUCUGGAGAUGCGACUUACCUAACUCUUGAAAGGAUCACAGGAGUGGGAUUAAGCUGUAUUAUGUGGGUAGGUGACUAUGUAUAGCCAGUUAUUGUUUUAUGACUGAAACAUUUGCAUGUGCGUGGGAUUGGCCAUGUGAGGUAGCUUCCCCUAGUAAGAGAAAAAGGAGACUUUGUGUUUACUAUGAUCCUUUUGGUUGCAAACAAGUAGCCAGCACACGCUAGCUGGAAAGGAAAUCGUGGACAUGCGUGCCUGGAAGGGCUCCUUCCACAAAGGGUUUGUGAGAGCUGAGACCCUUGAUUGGAAUCAAGAAUUCGAUAUAGCCAAGACAUCUCUGGAGCUCUGGGUAUUUCUUUGCAUUGUCCUUCUUUCAAUGGACUGAAGCAUUCUCCAUGUUGGGGAGAGAUGGCUUCCAGAUGUGUGGAUGCUUUUCAAACGUAGAGGGGAAAGAGUUUUCUCUCUCCGAAAGAUCCCAGCGAGGCUGCUGCAGUUGGGAAGCAAUCUGAGGACUGGUUGGUCCUUUCUUAUCCUUGAGCAGAUGCAAUAAGAACGUAGCACUUUUGUAAUGUUUUCUGAAGAUGGUCUCUAUGGGGGGAUGCCAGGGAGACAGGGCCCAUCUCUCUGCAGGAGCGUGGGCAGUGACACAGGCCAGUCGGAGAAGAAUCUGAUGAGACCAUUACCAGCAUGUCUCAAAGCAUGUUGGUUUUUGUUUUGUUUUGUUUUGUUUUUCACAAUAAAAGUGUUAUAUUCAUAGGCUGGCAAGAUGGCUUAACCAGUAAAGGCACUUAGUACUAAGCCUGACGUGAGUUCAAUCCCGGGGCCCCACACAAGGGAAGGAGAGAACAGACUCUGGCAGGCUGUCCUCACACCUCCACCUGGGUAUCCUGGUUUGAACACAAGCACACGCAUAUACACCCAAUAAAUGCAUGUAAUAAAAUGUAUUCUUUGAUUUGCAAUGCAUCUAAGGAUGCUGUUUAAAGUAUAGUCAAAAGGUAUAUAUGAAGGUUCAUUUUGACAUUUAUAUCAACAAAAAUGUAUACACAGCAAAUAUUCUACAAUGAAGCAUGUUACAUGUAAUUCCUUCCUCCCACCUUCCCUCCCUCCCACCCUUCCUCCCUCUUUCCCUCCCUCCCUUCCUUUUUUUCUUUUAUGAGACGGGGAGUCUCUAUGUAGUCCUGGCUGUCCUGGAAUGUAGACCAGGCAGGCCUUGAACUCACAGAGAUCCCUGUCUCUGCCUCCUAAAUGCUGGGGUUAGUGCAUGUAUCACCCCGCCCAUCUAUAUGUGUAUUUUAAUGCAUGUACAAGAAAAAUAAAAAUAGACUAUUUGUCUUA